AUGUAUCUCAUCACACUCCUAGCCACGGGCCUCGCCCUCCAGCUACCUUGCGCACUUGCCACACCUUAUCGCCGAUCUGUGGAGUGCAAGUAUGAAACAAAUCCUCGACCAGGCCAGACAUGCGAGGUCUUUGCCGAAGAUUGGGGUAUAACUUUGACCGAGCUCAAGGCGCUAAAUCCCGGUCUGAAGUGCCCCAAGCUUGAUCCCAUCUGGAGUUACUGUGUCAAGGGGUCUGGGGGCAAACCUGAACCAGCCGGCGCCGAACCCAAGACGACAAAGCCUACGUCGGCUGAUGAGCCAGCAUACGACAAGACGCCCGAUACUCCCUCUGAUAUAGAAUCUGUUUCGAUUCCCAACUCGGAUUACGAGUCCUCUGUAAAGCCUAAUGUUCCUGAGAAGCCCUCUCCCGCGGAUGAGUCCGGUGGAAACAGCAUCCAUACCCCGGAACCCGUUCAAAAAGGCAUGGUAGACAACUGCAACAAAUUCCACUACGUCACUCCCACGACCACCUGUCAAGCCGUUCUCGAUUAUUACAAGAUAUCCCUCACCGAGUUCGUCAAAUGGAACCCCGCCGUUGGAGAGGACUGCACCAACAUGUGGGCGGGGACCAACGCAUGCGUCUCAGCCAAAGGCUACACUUCGCCCCUAACGAGAGACAUCAAGCCCAACCCAGUAGUCGACAACGGAGUCGCGACGCCUUCGCCAAUCCAGGCGGGUUUGGUCAAGAACUGUGUCAAGUUUCACUACAUCGGUGCCGGGACUACGUGUCAUGAGGUUUUGCACCACUACGGGAUCACUAUGGCCCAGUUUGCGCAGUGGAAUCCUGCAGUUGGUGAGGAUUGCAAAUCUUUGUGGAAGGGCACCUAUGCCUGUGUUGCUGCGGUUUAA